AUGGCCUCCCGCUUAGCCCGCCGCGGCCUCUUCCAAUCUGUUCGUCCUGCCGCACGCGUCUCUGCGCGUCCGACUGCCCCCGCUGCCUGCCGCUUCGCCACGACAAACGCGGGACACGCUGCGAAGGAGAGCAGUGACACGGCUUGGCAGAUCGGUUCUGCACUUGUGUUCGGGCCCAUCAUCGCAUACCUCCUCAUCGGAUCUGGGAAGAAGUCAUCUCAUGCUGCCGAAUCUCACACCCAUCCGCAUUCAGCGCAACAUGCCGACCCCGAGCCUACCUCCGCGAAGGGUGCGUCGGACGUCCAGCAGGCAGAAGACCAGGCCAUCGCUACCGACUCGCCCAAGGAUGCGCCGGCGACUGAGGAGGCCGAGGCCGACUCCGCCGCGUCCGAGGAUGGCAAGGUGCACGGUGCGCCUGCUAUCACCGACGACGAGGGCAACACCGCGUCUUCUGAGGAGAUCAAGGACUCCUUCGACAAGGCCUUCAAAGCCAACAUCCCCGAGGAUGCCGAGCGCGAGGAAGCUCGUCAAGCAAGUAGCGGGGAGCAGCCCGCAGAGGACAAGCCCUCUAGCCAGGCGAAGGAUCCCCAGUCGAAGGGGGGUGACCAGCCUACUGACAUUGGGGAGGCCCGUCAACAGGCUCAAUCCGAGAAGGCUCCUAAGCAGGCGGCUGAGGAUUCCAAGUAG